AUGUCGACCCCGAAAGCCCAGCGCGGCCCCGAUGCCGACUCGAUUAACGAUCCCUCCCAUGCCGACUCCGGCUUCGACGGCACCCCUUCCGGCGCUCCCCCCACAUACGCGACUUUCUCCCCCGUCACCCUCUCUGCAAACACCCCGAGCCGAUCCUCCCGCCGCUCGACCAUCAUCGUCCACCAAAAGUCGCCCUUGCUGCUGGCCACCCCGCCUCAAAUAACACGAGCGCUCGCAUACUCGCACCCCUUCUUGCUGCCGCUGAACAAGCUCGCCGGUCUGCUGACAUGGACCACCGAUGACCCCUGGGAGAGCUUCCUGCUGCUCGCGUCCUUCUGGGCGGUCGUUCUUUAUGGCGACAUCGUCGUCCGCGUCGCCGGGCCCAUCGUUGUCGUCCUGACUUUGAUAAUGGGCAUGUACGGCCGGCGCUUCAGUCCACUAAGCAGCAGCGGGUGGACGGAGCCGGCUUCGAAAGAGGUCGGCACGCAGAAUGCGGCAGGUACGGCCGGUGGCAAAGCCCAGAAGCUCGCUCCCAAAAGUAAUGCGACCGGCAACGCCGCCAAGGGACACCACCGGGGCGAGUCCGAAGUCACAAAUACGAGACAUCAGAAGACGUUGGACGAGAUCGUCGAGACGCUCAAGGAGUUUACCGGGCGGUGUAACGUGCUACUCGAGCCGCUCCUCGAGUUGACGGAUUUCCUGAGUACGCAGCGAACACCGACAUCAGCUACGACAAGACCGGCUCUGACGACUCUGUUCGUGAGAAUAUUGUUCUGUACGCCCUUUUGGGUGGCCUUGACCCUGCCUCCACUACGAAUCAUCACGACGCGCAGGAUAGCAUUGCUGUUUGGCACGCUCGUUCUGACAUGGCAUGCCAGGGUCAUGCGCGUAGCCCGAACGCUGCUCUGGCGCAGCGCCACGGUUCGCAAGACAGCCGCCCUCGUGACUGGCCUCACGUUUGAGAAGCCUGUAAAGGCCGUGCCUGUGACUCUGGGUACCGACGGCGAGGGCGGCAAGGUGGUAGCCAAGCGGCCGGCAACGUCGGAGCUAACCAAGGCCUUGCGCAAGCAAUCUCACCGUCACAGCAAUAACGCCACGAGCAAGGAUGCAGGAGUGAAAUUCACCUUCAUCAUUUAUGAAAACCAGCGACGCUGGGUCGGUCUCGGCUGGACACAAAGCAUGUUUGCGUACGAGCGAUCAGCGUGGACCGACGAGCACAACAACCCCGUGCCGUCGCGUGACACGUUUGAACUUCCCGAGGUCGAGGAUGGUAGCAACAUGCGUUGGCGGUGGGUAGAAGGGAGUAAGUGGCGGGUUGACGGGGUGCCCGAUGACGGCGCUGAGCCUGUUGACUACGACGGGGAGGCUGGUAGGAACGGCUGGAUCUACUACGACAAUAAGUGGCAAAACGGGCGCCGCGGCGUAGACGGCUGGGGUCGGUGGACGCGCCGGAGGAAGUGGUACCGCGACGCCGAACUGGUCGAGGUAUCCGAGGACGAGAUAGCACACGAACUGGACGCCGCGCAGGCACCACCAAGACCGGGAUCACCUCUGGGCAACCCACCAGGACCGGCCCUGACGACGCAAAGAUACAGUACUCUCCAGGAGAAAAUGGUUUCCCCCACCCAGUCGACGCAAGAUCUAACGGUUGCCGAUAAGGAUCUUGAACGCGAAAAGGACGACGCGGCGUCGACGCUAUCGACGAGCUCCGGCAGCAGGUCGUUCUUCAAGACGCCCUCGCUCCGGCGGAAAGUUACGGACAAGAGCAUCUCGAGCAAGGCCGACCGGGAUCAUCAUCACGAACGCAGCAGGAGGGCGAGCGACGCCAAAAGCGAGGAGGAGGCCGCGGCGCUCGGGAUGAAGCUCAACCUGGCCCUGCAGGGUAAGGACGGCGGGCAGUGGGGCAUCGGCGACGAGGCCAGGAUGAGCUUGGAGUAA